UCACCUGUCAGAGGCAUUCACUUUGCGACACCUAGUGGUGACAAGAAGAAAAACGGCUCUGAAAAAAUCCCAGAGGCGGAAGCGGAAGGUUUGUCCUACACGGCUUACUGUUGGAAGUUGCUGUCAUGUCGGCACCCUGGAUAUCUUUACGCAGGUGCUGUCAGCGGGCUGCUGUCCUCCUCGUUGCUAGGCGACAUUGGAGCUCCAGCUCAGCAUCUCCUCCUUCUCUCGUGUCCAGGUCUCUUGACUUCCUCGCCCAGCGUUUCUAUGAUGUAGAGGCGCUCCUAAACUGGAAGUCCCGGAUUGGGAAGGACCAGCUCCGAAAGAAGAAUCUUUACUAUGGUUACACCCACAAGCAGUAUGGCCCAGACAUAGCAUCUGCCUAUUAUAUUCUAAAUCUAGGAGGAGGAUUUAGGUUUGUGGGCCAGUCUGAGUGGUUCCGCGCCGACUCAAGGGGCAAAUUCAACUGGGAUUUCCUGAACUACAAGGACACACCUGUGGAAGAAGUAGACAUGAGUCACACCAUCAUCAACUACGUAGGACUGUCUAACCUGGAGAGGCAACAUCUGCGAACUCUAAAGCUCCAAGGCUGCCCUGAGGUGGAUGACUGGUUCCUGGCAGGGCUCCACAAGUUCCAGGACUCUUUGGAGGAGCUGGACAUUUCUCACUGUCCAAAGAUUACCGUGGGCGGCCUGGCUGCUCUCAGGAAUCUCAGCCACCUAAAGCACCUGAAUGUGUCCUCCCUCCCGAGGAUUUCAAAUCCAGGGUUGGUGAUCAUCCUGCUGGAGGAGAUGCUACCUCAAUGCCAGAUCACAGCAGAUGGCUACGACCUCAGUCUGCCUCAGGCUGGAAGGGAGAAGUCAGAGGAGCGCCUGGAAGCAGAGAGGUAGUGGGUCGAUUACAACUAGAAUCACUGCAGAAAGACUUGGAGGCUUUUGGUGUUCUCUUUUUUUUUCAAAGUGCUCAUCAUAAGCUUAUAUGAUUGAAGAAUCAUGACAUAAGGCACAAUAAAUGCAGGACAAAUAAGAAAAGCAGAAACAUACAACAGAUGUGGGCGAAGAAACAUGUCACACACAAGUUGAAAUAUAUGUCUGGAUGCCCUGUGUAUAUCUCAGUUUGUGAGUAAGGCUGCACAUUGAUCCUGUAAAUGUUCAUAUUUAGAAAAUCUCUGUUCAUGUCCAACUUCAAUUUGCUGGGACUUUGUCACUGAAUGUAAAAAUGGGUGUACAUAAUAAAGAUUUUAUUCUUCAAAGUAAGGAUUAUUGUAAA